AGGCUUUCCUGAGAGCUGUUGCGUGUGGACUCAUUCCUUGUGAUUUCCCCAAUGUUUACGUCCAUUUGGCUCUCUGUCUUUAUUUAAAGUGUUUAACGGUGAGUUCACGAGGCGUAUCGGUUCGUCGACGCGAGGCCGAUCUCAGUGAGAGCCGAUAAGCCCUGGACUGAAUUGACGUGAAAAGAUUUGUUAGAAAUACUGGGCGUGGUGGAAAAACCACCAACCGCUGCUCAUGGGAGGACUGGUCUGGGUGGUCAACUGAAACUGGUAUAAACAGUCAGUGAACUGUUUUCUCCCCUACAUGUUGGCACGCUAGGCCCGAUGCGUGUGGAUGUGACUUACAUACACCAUACACAGCUAUAGUUGUGAGAAGGUCUCCCUGAUUUAAGCAUGGAUCCCACAUACUCACCUAAAGGCCCACCCCGGGGAAUUGGCUUUGAGAUGCACAAUGUUCAGGCUGGAUCACACCCUGGUGUAGCCCCACAUCCCACGAGCGAGGCCCUUUACCCACCUGUACCACCCACUUCACGCAAUGAGACAGCUGUAACUAUUGGAUUUGAGGGACACGGAGAGCCUGACAGUGUUCCGCGUGGCAUUGACAACGCUGGUUAUGUUGAUGACGGACCUGCCAGAAAGGGCAGGCUUGAUACAGAUGGCACAGACACUGGAAGACAUGGAGACCCGGACACUGGCAUCUCACUACUCGGCUACAAAUCUGUCACAGAGCGCGGGAAUGGUCAGAGUUCAGGUCCACCCACUGGCAACACUAGGACAUCGGAGGGCCUCGAGGACACAUCCGAGGAACAACGACUCGUGGACAGUAUCACCAACAAAACUGUUCACAAUAGCUCAGACAGCAAGGAUUCCAAGAAGACUUUGUAUUUCAAUGAUGGUAAAAGGCGUAUUGAUUACGUGCUGGCCUAUGUCUCCGAUGGCAACGCAGAUAAGGCCAGAAAACGUGACUUUUUCCAAGAAAACCUCAAGAGCCAAGGCCUGGAGUUGGAAACAGCAGACAGAUCGCAAUGUAAAGAUGGCAAAACUACAUUUGUCAAAAUUCAUGCUCCAUGGGAGGUGUUGGUGAAGUAUGCUGAACUAUUGCAUAUGAAGAUGCCCCUUGCUGAGAAUGACAUGGAGGAGAACAUCAGGUCCCUAUGGGACAUUUGCUGUUCACAGAUGCCUAACCCAUUUGAGUUAGAUGAGACGGUGAUCAAGCCUGAGCCAUCUUACUUCACAGCUGUCUUUGACAGAAACAGGAUAGACCAAUUUAUUGUGGAAAAUGAGGAUACAUUCUUCCCGAAUGCCCAGAGAAGUCGUAUUGUCCACUGGAUAUUGUGCAGAACCAAUUAUGAAGAUGAAGCACCAGGAAAAUGCAAAUUUGGUAUCAACAGACUGAUUAGUAGUAAGGCAUACAUGGAUGCCUUUCCACUGCAUGAGGGUGAUUUUUCAAGUGACCAUUCUGUGUAUGCACAAGGACCAGACAAUGAGAGACAUCUUCUGUAUGAGGUCUGGGCUCGCCCGAAGAACUUCUACAAAUACCAACCACUGGAUUUGAUCAGGAAGUACUUUGGAGAAAAGAUUGGCAUCUAUUUUUGCUGGCUUGGAUAUUAUACAACAAUGCUGAUUCCUGCUGCUUUGGUUGGUCUGAUUGUCUUCAUCUAUGGUGUAGCCACUGUCUGGAGUGAUCCCACAAGUAAUGAGAUCUGUGACGAGAAUGUAGGCGGUAACAUCACAAUGUGCCCCAGCUGUGAUCAGCGCUGCACUUACUGGAAGUUAAGCAUCUCCUGUAACUACUCCAGGGCCUCCUAUCUGUUUGACAACGAGGCCACUGUGGCCUUCGCUUUCUUCAUGGCACUCUGGGCUGUGGUGUUCCUAGAGUUCUGGAAAAGGAAGCAGGCAGAAAUAGGAUAUGACUGGGAUGUGAAUGAUUACGAGGAGGAAGAGGAAACUGUCCGGCCAGAGUUUGAAAGCUCAGUGGUACGGAAAAGAACCAACCCAAUAAACAAGGCAGAGGAACCUUAUGUGCCAAUCUGGAGCAAACUUUUGCGAUAUAUCACAGCAAUGUUUGUGGUAGUUUUCAUGCUUGCUAUAGUGAUUGCAGCCCUGUUUGCAGUGAUUAUCUACCGUAUCAUCAUUGUGGCUGUUCUCUACAGUUUGAGCGACAACUUGAUUCAGGGUCGAGAGCCACUCAUCACCACGGCAACUGCUGCUAUCAUCUCACUUGUCCUCAUCAUCAUCCUUGGAUUUGUGUACCAGUUCGUUGCCACCUGGUUGACAAAUAUAGAACAACCGAGGACUGAUACAGAGUGGGAAGACAGCUUCACACUGAAAAUGUUCCUCUUCCAGUUUGUCAAUUACUAUGGAACUAUCUUCUACAUUGCUUUCUUCAAGGGGAGGUUUAUGGGACGUCCUGGAGACUAUGACUACACACUGACAGAAUAUCGUCAAGAGGAGUGUGACCCAGCAGGCUGCCUGAUUGAGCUGUGUAUUCAGCUGGCCAUUGUCAUGGUUGGAAAACAAAGUUUUAACAACUUCAAGGAAAUUGUUCUCCCGAAAGUCAUGGUGUGGUUUAAGUCACGCAAAAUCAUUGACAAAAACAAAGAUAUGGAGGAGUCUGAUGCAACCAGGUGGGAGAGGGAUUACUGUCUGGCUAACAUGCCCAAAUAUGGGCUGUUUGACGAGUACCUUGAGAUGGUGAUCCAAUUUGGAUUUGUGACAAUCUUUGUGGCUGCCUUCCCUCUUGCCCCUUUCUUUGCCUUGCUCAACAACAUUAUUGAGAUCCGCCUUGAUGCCUACAUCUGCACCCAGUGGAAACGACCAUUUGCACAACGGGCAGAAGAUAUUGGGAUUUGGUUUGGCAUUCUGCGAGGAGUGGCAGCUGUAGCAGUCAUAUCAAAUGCCUUCAUCAUUGCCAUCACCUCAGACUUCAUCCCUAAGUUGGUGUACAAGUAUGAGGUCAGUCCUAAUGGCACCCUCCAUGGUUACAUUAACAACAGCCUGUCCUACUUCAACACCUCCGAUUUCCAGACACAGAGUAUUCCAGAUAUAGGCAAUGAGGCAGUCUGCAGGUACCGUGCCUACCGCGAAAAUCCAUUUGAGAUUGCAGGCUACAACUACACACGUCUGUACUGGCAUAUCAUUGCAGCUAGAUUCGCUUUUGUCAUUGUCUUUGAGAAUCUUGUGGUGAUUUUGACCUGGUUGAUAUCCUACCUUAUCCCUGAUGUGCCCUACGCUGUGAAGAUUCAAAUGUUGAGAGAACAGCACUUAGCAGGACAAGCUGUUUUGGAGGCUUCACGCUUGGAGGAUGAGAAACGCCGUGUUCGCAAACUUGAUUAAUGUCAUUUCAGACGCAAUUGAAGGACAAAUGAAGUGAAACUAACUAAACUGAAUUAUGGGAGAUCUGGUUUCCCCAGUCAUCUUAUAAUGAAUUUUACAUUACCAUUUUUUUUUUCUAAAUAUACAUGUAUCUUAUGUAUAUGGUUUUAUGCGGAUUCUAAUGAAUGUUUUGUCUUUUACAAUCAUAUGCUGUAUCAAAGAGCGUUUGUUUUUUUUUUAUGAGUAAUGGGUACAAAGUUAGUAUGCCUUUGUUAUAUUUUUUUU